GGCGCGGUGGCGCCCCCCAUCGGCCCGGCGGGGCCCGGCCGGUCCCGUCCCGUCCGCCGCCGCCGCCGCCAUCUUGUCACCCCCGGCGGAGGGGAGGCAGCGCCCCUCCCCGCAGCGCCGGGCCGCGGCGCUCGGCCAGGGUGAUUGAGGUACUGCGCCUCUGGCCGUGGAAGCAUGUCGGGGCCAGUGCCGAGUCGGGCCAGGGUCUAUGCAGACGUGAACACUCAGAGACCCCGCGAGUACUGGGACUACGAGUCGCACGUCGUGGAAUGGGGCAACCAAGAUGACUAUCAGCUUGUGCGGAAACUUGGCCGUGGCAAAUACAGUGAGGUCUUUGAAGCCAUCAACAUCACCAACAACGAGAAAGUGGUUGUGAAAAUCCUCAAGCCUGUGAAAAAGAAGAAGAUCAAGCGUGAGAUUAAGAUCCUGGAGAAUCUCCGAGGAGGCCCCAAUAUCAUCAGCCUGCUAGACAUAGUGAAAGACCCUGUGUCUCGGACGCCUGCCCUGGUUUUCGAGCAUGUCAACAACACAGACUUCAAGCAAUUGUACCAGACGCUAUCUGAUUUUGACAUACGGUUCUACAUGUAUGAAAUCCUAAAGGCGCUGGACUACUGUCACAGUAUGGGGGUCAUGCAUCGAGACGUCAAGCCGCACAACGUCAUGAUUGACCAUGAGCACAGAAAGCUGCGCCUGAUCGACUGGGGGCUGGCGGAAUUCUACCACCCCGGCCAGGAGUACAACGUGCGGGUGGCUUCGCGGUACUUCAAGGGACCGGAGCUCUUGGUAGAUUACCAGAUGUACGACUACAGCUUAGACAUGUGGAGUUUAGGCUGCAUGCUGGCCAGCAUGAUCUUCCGGAAAGAGCCUUUCUUCCACGGUCACGACAACUACGAUCAACUCGUGCGCAUCGCGAAAGUGCUGGGGACGGAGGACCUGUACGACUACAUCGACAAGUACAACAUCGAGCUCGAUCCCCGCUUCAACGACAUCCUCGGCAGACACUCGCGGAAGCGAUGGGAGCGCUUCGUCCACAGCGAGAACCAGCACCUCGUGAGCACCGAGGCGCUCGAUUUCUUGGACAAGCUGCUGCGCUACGACCACCAGACACGACUCACUGCCCGGGACGCCAUGGAGCACCCGUACUUCUAUCCCAUAGCGAAAGACCCAGCGAGGAUCGGCACCUCGGCUGGACUCUCGGCCAGUAACACGCCUGUCAGCUCCUCCAGUAUGUUGGCAGGUAUUACCUCGAUGUCCGCGUCCCAGCCCAUCGGCAGCCUGGCUGCGUCGCCCGUCAUCUCCUCUCCCAACGCUUUGGGCUCGCCGGUCCCCGCCGCAGCCGGCGUGCAACCCUGAACUCACCUCUCAACCGCCGGCUUUCCGCAGCGCCGAGGCCGGUGCCGCGCCUGCCUUCUGCCCUCCUGCCUGCCCCGCGCCAGAGCCACGGGCUCCAGCCGGCAGCCCCUGCCCAGAGGCAGAAACGGGGUGGGAGGGCGCUCUGGAAUUUUAUUUUUAUUUCUGUCGAGUAUGGAAAAAAAAAAAAAGAAAAAAAAAAGAGCAAAAAUGUAGGUUCCGUUUUGUUUUUUUUCUUUUUUCUUUUUUUUUUUUUUUUCUCUGUGCAGUAACAAUAUCACACUCUCUGGCGAUGGACCAAGGCUGAUCUCUGUUGUGUCUCUGUCGGGGUACGGAGUUAGCUGCAUUCUUCUCAUGAGGAUCAUGGUUAGUGAUGCAACUACAGUGUAGAAAUCUAAAAAUGGAUAAUAAAAUUUAUUUUCUAUGUCCCUAACAAACA